CUGGGGCUGGGGCAAACGUUUGACACCAAUCAGGGCCCCAAAGACUGGAGUUGCCCAUCCCUGGUCCAGAAGGACAGAAUCUGGUUCCUCUCAAGAUUUUCUCCCUACCUACCACAGAUUUUGUCUCUCUCCUAUGUUUUCGUGUGUGUCUCUCCCAGGUCAUUUGGUGUGGUGCUGUGGGAGGUCAGUACCCUAGCGGAGCAGCCGUACCAGGGCCUGUCCAAUGAGCAGGUCCUGAAGUUCGUCAUGGACGGAGGAUAUCUGGACCGACCAGACAACUGUGCUGACCGGCUACACGACCUGAUGUCGAUGUGCUGGCAGUACAACCCCAAGCUGCGUCCCAGCUUCCGGGAGAUCAUUGAAAUGCUCCACGAGGACCUUCACCAGUCCUUCCAGGAGGUCUCCUUCUACUACAGCCAGGAAAACAAGCCUCAGGAGCAGGAGGACUUUGACCUAGACAUGGACAACAUGGAGAGCAUUCCCCUGGACCCGUCCUCCUACUCCCAGAGAGGGGACCACAGUUCCUCGUACUCUCAGAGGGGAGACCACAGCUCGGAGAGGGACGAAGCGGGUUCGUCGCUGGGGUUGAGGCAAAACAGCUAUGAGGAACACAUCCCGUACACACACAUGAACGGUGGAAAGACUAAUGGACGGACACUAGCCCUGCCUCGGUCUAGUCCCUCCUAACAGAACAUUAUAUGGAUAUCGUAUCCCUACCUCCCCUUAUGUCCAACCUUUUCCCUCACACAGAUGCAUAGAUAUAAAUAUAUGAAUAUAUUUUUGUUUUGUUUUUUCAUUUUAUAUAGAUUAUCACUUUUAUCACUCAGAGGCUCGAAGUGUACAUACAUAUCUCAGGACGUUAAUGCUUUCUUGUCAAGAUGCCACAUCCAAUACACUACGGUAUGUAUGUUAAUGUCCCCCCACUGCUUCUUUCUAGUCCUCAAUCCUUAAAAAAUAUAUUGCCAAUAUUCCACAAAUGGGAGGUGGUUUGGGGGAAUCAACUGUGAAUCUAACUGUGGGACAACCAGAAAGCUGCUAACCCCAGGACUCUCCAGACUGUCCCUUGCCCAGGCCGAGGCGCUCUCCCUGGGCAGGUCAGCCCUCACUGGGUCCCUGGGUCUCCCUGGACCAUGGAGGUCCACCUGGGUCGCUCAGUGUAAAAGUGCCCUUCUCUUCUAUCUCUGGCUAUAGCCUGCAUAAUGGAGCUGUGUCUCUGUAUCUUUGUACUCUCAAGUCGUCAACGAACGACAGACUUUCUGAGAUUUGAGAACUAACUUUUGGAUGGAUGAAUGUGUCAAAUCCUUCUUUAAAUCUUCAAACAAACUUUAUCGAUCCACUGGAGAAGCUUGUUGUCGUCUUUCUCCUCACACUCUGCAGUAUUCCAGCAUCACACAGAAAUAAUUACGAUUUUUUUGGUUAUAUAUUUUUAAUUUAUUUACGUUUCAUUUACAGCUGAAGGAUAUUUAAAAAACUGUUUCAGAAAAACAUUGAGAAAAGAAACGAGUUCCUCAGAAGACAAAUAGCUGCUUCUUUUGAUAUAUUUUAAUAGGUAUAGAAAAUAUAAAUAUAUAUUAUUGAUAUUUUUUUUGUACAUAGUGGUUGACAUAUGUUGUCUUUCAUGAGGUAUUUCCAGUCUGUAGAGAAAAAGUUUUUACAUGUUUGUCUCUUAUGUUUAUUUUUUUCUAAUCCAGAACUCAUACUAAUAAUCAUUUGGACUUGUGAUAAACCAGCAGCAUUUGGUAUUUUCUCUCUCUCUGUAUCAGAUGCACAGUAAGAGGAGGACGUUGGCUUGGCCCGUUCAAAUCAAACUGUCUGCUCUAGAUAAAUAAAGCAGCACGGUGCAACAUGA